CACUAGGAGUUUGUUAUUCGUAGCGUACCUAAGUCACGAGAGGAAGAGGUCACUGGGUCAGUCUGAUAUGUGUGAAGGCUGACCAUUUCACGAUCCACGAUGUUCAGACGCUGUUCAAUUUUAGGACUGUGUCCGAGACGUUCAUGGAAUUACUCGCAGACUCGAAAGACUAUACGACGACUUAUGUGUUCAUUGGCUCAUGAAAAUUUAUCAUGUGCACUGCACUUACAAAAGUGCCAUUCUACAUGUACUCAACCUAUUCGACAUUUUUCAUCAUUCAUUCGAGGCAUUGGACUAAAUGUGGACAAAUCAGAGUGUUUGAUGGAUGAGGACAUUGUUGUGAAAGUUUCCAAAUUGACUCCAAGCGAAAAAGUCACAAUCCUGGCUACGACAGAAAUAGAUGGAAAUCUCUUUUGGUCACAUGGUGUAUUUCGAGCCAAUGACAGUGGUGUUGUAGAUCUUAGCACGGAUACACCAAUUAGCGGCAGUUAUGAUGAAGCAGAUCCUGUAGGCUUAAUUUGGAGUAUGGUGGCAGCACCAUGGUUACCAGCACAUUGGCGCAUGUUCCAAGCCAGAGCUAUCAAGCCAAGGAUAUUUACCUUUAGUGUGUUCCCAGAAUCAGAUGAUCCAAGUCAGUACCUCAAAGAUAGAACGAAAAUGUUCGCAUCUGUUGAGCAUAAAAGAUGGUACAAAUCUUCUGAUACAAGACGAAUACCUGUUGAACAUCCACGACUCCAAGGCACUGUCUUUCUACCAGAAGGUCCAGGUCCCUUCCCGGGGGUCAUUGAUAUGUACGGUGGCCUGGUGGCAAUCGUGGAGGGACGGGCAGCGCUGCUUGCAUCCAAGGGAUUUGCCACUCUGUCCUUGUCAUAUGUUAACGGAAAGAAUCUGCCACAGACAAUGCUCAACAUCGAACUAAAUUAUUUUGAGGAUGCGGCAAAUUGGUUUGCUAGUUUACCAGAAGUACGUUCAGAUGGCCUUGGUGUGUUGUCUUUGUGUCUCGGUGGAACGAUGGCAUUGUGGAUGGCUCAGACUAUUCCAAACGUCAGAGCAGUGGUUAAUAUCAAUGGAAUGCCAUACACUCACAGUAAUUGGACGUACAAUAAAAUUGACAUUGGAUGUAAAACUUGGAUCGACAUAGAACGAUUUAAAAAAAUGGAGGAAGGUUUGUCGGUCAGGGACAUGUUUGUGGUUCAUGACGAAUCCUUUUUAAAGCCUUGGACACAUGGCGCCCACCUCCUGACAAUAUCCGGCGGCGAUGACCUCAUGACCCGUAUGGAAUAUAAUGUUCGCUUAUAUGAGGAAUUCAUGCCACAAGAUUAUCGCCAAAAGAAAACAGAGUUUGUAGUAUAUCCUGGAGCUGGACAUCUGAUAGAGGUGCCACACGCCCCAGUGUGUCGUGUUGUCGAGGCAGCUAACAGGAUCCAACAGGCAUUACAUCUACAGAAUCCCGUACACCAACAUAAUAAUCUAUUGCUGUCUGGAGGAUAUCCCAAGGAGCACGCCGCAGCACAAAGGAACGCAUGGCAGCUAUCAGUAGACUUUCUCAAGAAGCAUUUGUGUUGAAGAAAAAAUUCUCUGUUCUCUCAGUGUCAGCUACGCUGAAUUGAGUGUAUAACAUGGUAAAAAUAUGUCACCAAAUGAAUGAAAAAGGCAUUUAAGUGAGAGACCUGAUAGGAGAUUAAUUUGUGAACAUAAUUUGCUGCUAACGUGUUCAUGUCAUAUCUAUUCAAGUGAACGAACAUGCCAUAUCUAUUCAAGUGAUUGAACAUGCCAUAUCUAUUCAAGUGAUUGAACAUGCCAUAUCUAUUCAAGUGAACAUGCCAUAUCUAUUCAAGUGAAAACGAAUACAGACGGAAUAAACAGAGCAUUACUCGAGAACAUUGCAUAAUCAAUGUGUCACAUUAAUAACAGGUAUGCUUUAUACAUAAAUUACAUUAUCAAAGGCAAAUUGCAGAUGGUUGUUAACAGCAUUUUCCUCCAGUCAAUCAAAAAGAGUUACUGCCCUUGUUUGCAUUUUUUUGCUAGCUAGGAAAGAGAGACAGAAGACAAGGAAGAGCAGAAAUUCAGGCGGGUAAUCUUUAGCAUCCAAAUAAAACAAUGUAAAAAUGCACCCGCCACACCCUAUUAUUAGAAAUGGAAUAAUUUGCCAAUUUUGUAUGAAGCUGUUGUUUGCUUUGUUUAUUUCUUUCUCUCAUAUUUUUUAGCAUUCUUGUCCAUCACAGUCCUUUCUCAUCAGUGAGACAUGAUAUUCUGUGUGGCAGACAGUUAUCAAAUAAACAGCGUUUCAAUUGUGUAUGUGUAAUAAGGCCUUAUCAGGUGAACAAAUAAUUGUCUAUAUUUUACCUGCACUCAUUCUUGAAGAAUAUGUAUGAUGGGCAAGAAAAGGUGGGUGUCGCUACGCAAAGGAGAUCAGUAUUAUAAUUGUUGAAGAUUCCAAGAUAGGAAGCAAGCAUUGAUUUUGUUUAAUUAUAUAGACUUAAUGUCAAGGGGAUGUCUGUCCCCAGGAUUGUCAUGAUAAAUAGCAUUGUUGUUUUUUUUUACGUCAGCUACGGUGUACAGUAUACAUGUAUUUUUAUAUCAUUAAAUACUGUGGCCAAGAUAUUCCAAAUAUGGUGUUUAUUAAUCAUUUACUGUGAUUGAGUGAUUUGAUCUUGGAUAAUUCAUUUUAUACACAGAAAAAAGUUUAAAAAUCUGGCCUAUGUAAUACCAAAGUCUUGCUUUCACCCAUUUAGUCGAACUGUACCUAUUGAUAAUCACUUCUGUGCAUUUGGUGAGUGGUUACUAACUGUGGUCAUUAUGGCAAUGUCUGAAUUCACUAAAUUUUAAAUUCAUACAAAUAUAUACACACCAUACAUCUAUAUAAACAUCAUACACUUAUAUACACACCAUACAUCUAUAUAAACAUCAUACACUUAUAUACACACCAUACAUCUAUAUACACACCAUACAUCUAUAUACACACCAUACAUCUAUAGAAACACCCCGGUCCAUGAAAAUUUAACUAAAACAAUCGGAGCGUUGCUGUUACAAGCUACAUCGGCACAGACUUCCCUCACUUAUAAUAGUGCUUAUGAUUAUGUCAGUUUGUUGGUACUGUGUUUACAGGUACCCCAGUUUUAUCUACCUCAUACAAUAUACUUGCAUAAUUUGUUGCUCACUUAUUCCAGCAGGGGUUAGCGCCAGCUACUAUUUCUACAUAUGUCGCAGCUAUAGGGGUUAGCGCCAGCUACUAUUUCUACAUAUGUCGCAGCUAUAGGGGUUAGCGCCAGCUACUGUUCCUACAUAUGUCGCGGCUAUAGGGGUUAGCGCCAGCUACUAUUUCUACAUAUGUCGCGGCUAUAGGGGUUAGCGCCAGCUGCUAUUUCUACUUAUGUCGCGGCUAUAGGGGUUAGCGCCAGCUGCUGUUUCUACAUAUGUCGCGGCUAUAGGGGUUAGCGCCAGCUACUAUUUCUACUUAUGUCGUGGCUAUAGGGGUUAGCGCCAGCUACUGUUUCUACAUAUGUCGCGGCUAUAGGGGUUAGCGCCAGUUACUAUUUCUACAUAUGUCGCGGCUAUAGGGGUUAGCGCCAGCUACUAUUUCUACUUAUGUCGCGGCUAUAGGUGUUAGAGCCAGCUACUAUUUCUACAUAUGUCACGGCUAUUGGUUAUAUAAACAGGCUCUGUGGUUACGGCGAUCCCGUUCAGUCAUUUUUGAUAAAAAAGCUGCUUAAUUCGGUUCAUCGGGGUACUCACCAAUCCGAUAAUCAUUUACCUAUCACACCUGAGAUCCUCACUCAAUUGGUUGCCUCCCAAAGGUAUACUACGUCGUCACCUUAUCACCUUCAUUUAAUUAAUGCCAUGUAUUUAUUGGCUUUCCAUGCUUUCUUGCGUGUGGGUGAGAUGACUGUUAACGUGGAACGAGCGUCGGUCAGCAAUCCGGGGAAAUGAACACCGAAAAGAUUGAUUUCAAUGACAAAUGUUUAUUUACAAUGAUGACAAUAAAGAGAUUAAAUAAAAAAAACCUAUAAUACCCACACGUCACACUCACUAAUUCACUCAUUCACAAACACAAUUAUUACAAGUUACAGUCUGUAGCUACACACACAACGACGAAUGGGAUCCUGGUACAGUUCCGGUGCAAGACAGUCGCUAACCUGCAACCACGCUCAAUCCAGAGCCAAGAGGUAUAAACACAUCAAGCAGCACCAUGCUUGCUUGAAACGCCCAAAAUGGCAAACUCACUAGUGUCCAAGACACGACAGGAAAGCUGGGAUGUACACACUAGUGUCCUUGACACGACAGCCAUCCCAAUAGUAGAUAUACUGUGACUCAGCCUCCAAGCAAGUCGCUGACCCUGGCCUACGUAACGACCCAACACAUGUAUUCCAUGCUGACCUUGACCCUGGCGAAGAGAACUUAUCCGGUCGGUCCUGACACUGGAGUCACAAUGAGUUGGCACAGCUGACUGGUCCUGGCUUGCUAGCUGAGAAUCCUAGUCCGUUAUGUGAAGCACAAUCUGUCGUCUGUGCCUUGUUCACAAUAUCGGAAACAGCUAUAUUUACAUAUCGGCUACACGAACUCACAAAACUGUGGACCGUAAACAAGUGUCCAUUCCGUGCACAACCGGUCAAGCCCGUGACGUAUAUCCGCCCAGUGGUGCGGACAAUUAAGAGUCCUUACACCGCAAAACAAACUCAAAUUAAAACUUACCAUUUAUAGACAAACUAUACAUGCUUACGUGACAAUGACAUAGAGUAAAUCAGCUGGCAAUGUGUUACAGUUUGCAGAUCUUAAGGUGCUCACAAAUUCUUCCUGCCCUCUUGGCCAACUGGAAUUGACAUUUCAUUCCUUCAAAGGACAUUAUAACAUACGUCCUAUUACGCUAGCCAUUGCUGCUGCCAGGCAAAAUCAGACUUUAUGCCCUGUCCUUGCGAUGCGACAAUAUCUGCAGCUUUGUGGCCAGAUUUCUGGCCCACUUUUUUGUUUUCCUGGUGGGCAGGCUGUUUCUUAUGCCUUUUUCUGUGACAGUCUCAAGCAAUCCUUGGGCUGGGCAGGCCUUUCUCAUCUAUGGAUUACUCCGCACAGUUAUCCGAAUUGGUGCUGCUAGCUAUGCAGCAUCGCGUGGUGUUUCUGAUGAUGAGAUACAGCAGAUGGGCAGGUGGCAGUAGUUGGCCUUUAAACAGUAUAUUUGUCUGCCUUCAGUGUUUGAUUGGUGUUUUAAUUUUGAAUGAUACAUUAUUUAUUCCUUCAACAUUUGUCGUACCUUUAGUCAUGGGGUCUACUGGUCACCUGAGAUAGAGUUAAGCUUGUGCAAAAAUUCCCCCCUUGCUUUUAAUGGCACAUUAUAUCUAUUGUAUUGUAAUAAUUUUUGGUUAUAUAUUUUCUGUCAUAUCUUGUGUAUUUUAGAACAUGUGUAUUACCAUAUUUGGCAACUAUUUAUUUAACCUUUCUGAUUUCAUAGUUUCUCCCAACUUCCAUGGCAGCAGAUGGGGGAGAGAUUCCUUACCCAUAGGUUGCACCUAGGGAAAGUUAUCUCUGUGGCAUUUUCUGAUCCCCAUCUUAGACUUGUUUAAUGUUUUUUUCAUAACAUUGUUAACAAGAACAUUUGGUAUAUGAUGUAUGUUCAUGAGAGUUUACAUAUGUACAUUUAUAUAUAUAUGUCGUUAAUAAAAACGGCCAAUUUCAAUUCA